CCUCAACGGCCAAACCAGAAAGGAUUGCGCCCAAUCUGUCUCCCUCUCUCUCCUCUCCUUUCUCAUCGACGGACUUCCAGCGAGGAACCCAGCAAGGAGACGACGGCUAAUACAAGGGGACAUCCAGACAUUUCUUCUACAUCAUACACCUAUGCUGCGGGAUGGAGGAAGCUAACCUUCAAGGGAGCAGCCAGCCCUCCAUCGCGCCCGCGUCCUACCAAGACGGCCAGGCUCGACAACGGAUUGAUGAGCAAGAUGAAACGUCGCAAGAGCGGAGCAGCAGCUACAAAGCGUCAGAGAUCGCCAACCGCUUCAUCGAGGUCAUCGAUCACGUCGACACCGCGGCACCAAUCGAUUCGGUCAAAGGCGCCGUCAGCAAAUUCGGGGGGAUUCUUGAUUGGAAAGAGAAGCGCAAGCAAGCCCAGGAUGAGUUGGACAAGGUGCAGGAGGAGGUCACCGAGUAUCACAAGAGAUCAACGGCGGCAGAGGCCGGCAGAGCCCAAGCUCUGCAGGAGCUGGGGAGCACCACGAGAGCGGCCGAUAAGCUGAGGCUGAGCCUCAAGAAGGCGCAGAUCGAGGAUGCCCAGGCGCGCCAGGAAUCCGAGCUCGCCGAGGGGCGCCUCCGGGAGCUGCAGCGCAACGCCAGCGAGAGAGCCGCGGCGAAGGCGGAGCUCGACGCCGCCAGGGACCGCCGUUCGGCCGCGCUCGCGGACCUGCAGGCGGCGCGAGCGGAGGUCGGUUCGCUGGAGAAGGUGCGCGCCGCAGCCGCGGCCGAGGCGGACACCGCGACGGCACGAGCGCGGGAGGCCGCCGCGGAGUCACGGGAGUCUGGGAAGGCCGUCGAGGACCUCGCCGCCGAGCUCAUUGAACUGAAGGCGGAGCUGGAGUCUUCGCACGCUGCUCAUGUCGAUGCGGAGGAGAAGAGGCUUAGGCUGGCGUUGGCGUUGGAACAAGACAAGUCGCAAUGGCAGAUCGAGCUGGAGGAUGCCCAGCAGGAGGCCAAGAGGCUACGAGAUGAGCUCAUGGCGGCCUGUGAUGUCGAGAUGAAGGCGGAGGCGGCUUCCGAACUCCUGGCGAACCUAAAAGCCGAGCUGUUCGCUUGCGCCGUCGAAUGGACUCUGGGCGAGGACGAGAAGCCGACGGUGAGCUCCCAGCCGAUGCUGGAGAAGGUCAAGAAGGAGCUCGAGGACGUGAAGGCGAGCGUCGAGAGGGCCAAGGACGAGGCCAAGUGCCUGCGCGUCGCCGCCGCCUCGAUGCGCGAUGACCUGGACAAGGAGAAGGCGGAGCUCGCCGCGCUGCGGCGGAGGGAAGGGCUCUCGUCGGCGUCCAUCCCUUACCUCAAGGAGGAGUUGAGCCGGGUGACCUCCGAGCUCGCCGUGGCGGAGGCCGCAGCGAAGGCGGACAAUGGCGAGAGCAGGAUGGCCGAAGAGGUCGGCGAGGCGCGGCGAGAAGCGGAGGAAGCGAAGGCGAAGGCCCGGUCGGCUCGCGAGGAGGUUGCGAAGGCCAGGGAAGAGGCCGGUGUGGCCAAGGCCGCCGUCGCCACCGUGGAGGCGCGGCUGGAGGCGGUGGCACGGGAGAUACUCGCCGCGACCACGUCAGAGGAGAUCGCCACGGCUUCGGCAGGCGCGCUGCUGCAAGCAGAAAGCAAGCCGUCGAAGAGGUCACAGAGCAAGCCCAUCGUCGAAGGGGGCGUGACACUAACGGUGGAGGAGUAUGACGAGCUGAGCCGGAGAGCGCGGGAGAUGGAGGAGAUCGCCGGCAAGCGGGUGAUGGAGGCGGUGAAGCUGAUAAAGGAGGCCAAGGACGCGGAGGUGCGCAGCCUGGAGAAGCUCGCAAAGCAGGACAGGCAGACCGAGCAGAGGCGGCAGGCCCUGGAGGCGGCGACACUCGAGGCCGAGGAGGCGGAGUUCGAGAAGCUGUCGGCGGAGCGGGAGCUCAGGCAGUGGCGCGCCGAGCACGAUCCGCAGUGGCCCCGGACGGGGCUCGCCGAGAUCUCCUUACUCGACGACCCGGACGCCGGCGACAGGCUCGGGAACCCUCACAUACUCAGCCCGAGAGGAAGAUACGUGCCGAGGACCGAGUUGAUGGGAUCGACAGCGGAGGCGGAGGCGGAGGCGGAGGCGAGGCAGAGGAAGACGACGUUCUUCCCGCGGAUGGUCAUGUUCUUGGCGCGAAAGAGAGCUCAGUCUUGGAAGUGAUCUUUAACCGUGAUCUGCUCUGUCCCUUUUGGCUUGCUCGGAGUAGGAGCUGAUCAAAUCUGAUGUGAUUAUGCAAUUGUGUAAAUGUGUAUCAGUCACACAGGCAUAUCAUAGUUCUUGACUCGGAGUUGUGACUCUUACUUAGGGACGAGAAUUACCAUGAUAACCUGCAUUAACAUAGAAAAAAUUAGGAAAAAAAGAUUCAUACACAUAAUGAAAUUUGGUUAUUAUAAUGA